AUGACUGCUCCCCGUUCAUCGUCUCUCCGCGCUCUCCGCACUCUCUCUCAACAGCCUGUGGCACCCUCUGCUCGCCGCUGCCUUCACAUCACCGGAGUUCAGUCCGCUCAACCCGCCAACACCGGCGAAAAGGCCCUCUCCAACCACGAUGUCCUCCAAUCCCGCGCCUUCAGCAUCGCCAUGCGCAGAAUCAACGGCAGUGCAUUCCCAGACUCCUCUUCCUCCCGCCAAUUCAACACCUCCCGCGCCACAAAAGCCCUAAAUGACACCUCUACCGUCGACUUCGUCUACAUGCCCAACAUGGCAGAGCUCGACGCCGCCCCUCUGCAACGCAGCAUCCAAGUCCCGGUGCUUCCCGAGCUCCCCUCCAUCCCAAGGCGCCAAACACCCACCGCCCCACCCAUGAAGCCCCAGAUCUACACCGUGUCCGGCACCGGCGCUGACGUCCCUGCCAGCGCGAUGAGUGAGGUCGUCGAUAACCACGCCAUCGAUCUGGACCCGUUCUCGCUUACCGAGGCCGUCGGCCGCUCACGUGUCGGCGAGGAGAUCCAGCGCAGGUCAAAUAGUUCUUCUGAGCCUGGUGUCAUACGUGAGCUUUGGGCUGGCUUCCUUGAUGAUGUUAUGGGCCCCAAGGAGAGUGUUCAGAGGAAGUAG